UAAGUCACGCACGACAUGCUGUCAUCAGUCGCUGCCUCGAGGCAAUAAUAGCGAGAGAAUCGAAGCCGAUCCAUCCACUAACCCUAACAGACUCCGACUGCAAAGCACCCGGCAGAAUGAAGCUACAAGUUGUUCAAGUUCUCGUGGUGGUGGCCUUGAUGGCCAGCCUCUGCAAGGCUGGCCCGGAGUUGUCCGGAGCCUGCCCACUGAACUGGGAGAAGUUUGGCAGUAGCUGUUACUUCUUCAACACUCACAAGACGUCCUGGGACUGUGCAAACACCAUCUGCAAGCAGGUGGGAGGAGACCUGGCCUCGAUUGAGAGCGCAGAGGAAAACACGUUCAUCCUCGAUAUCAUCAACAAGGAAGGAGGAUGUGACAACGGCAUGGUCUGGAUCGGACUGAAUGACAAGGAAACGGAAGGUACCUUCAUUUGGACAUCGUCUAACAAGCCUAUCACGUUCAACGGUUGGAAUGGAGGGGAACCGAAUGGUUCGGGCAAUGAGAACUGCGUGGAAAUCAAACUCAGUGCCGGUGUCUGGAACGACCUGUCCUGCAAUCAACCCUGUUGCUACAUCUGCGAAAAGCCGCAGCGCACACACAUCUAAUGCGUGGCAGAUUUUGCCCACCCAUUUCAGUGAAUGUUGCAAAAUUUAAUUAUUAAUAAAAGACUCAAUCGAAUCUUAUAAUGCACAGUAAAAUCAUUUGAAAAAGUAAUUUUUCUCAAGAAUUGUUCUUAUGAAACGGUAAAGGUAAUACACAACCAAGUUAGAAAUUACAAACGCUUAACAUGGAGACAUUGUAUGUACGUCUUAAUGUUUAAGUCAG